AUGAAAUCCAUCACGGACAGACUUAUAGCCGACCUAGAAAAAAUACACGUUUCCCUUCUGGCCCCAUGGCAAAAACUGGAUGCGAUACGAACAUUCAUACAACCUGGUCUCACGUACGCUCUUAGAUCAUGCCCGGUAUCACGAGAGUCGCUGAAAGAGUAUCGUUCUAAGUUAGUUGGUAUUUUAAAAUCAAUAUGUCACUUACCCAAGAGAGCGUCCAACUCAUACCUUUUUGCAGAUAAAUCGGUUGGUGGGCUUGGCUUUCAAGAUCCGUUCGAUGAACGUCACGUGCAAACAAUAGUACAUACGGUUAAGAUUAUCUCAGCUUCUGAUCCUUUAAUUGUUAAUAUCUCUCGUGACCAGCUUACCUCAGUUGUCAAGAGAUGUGUCAAGUCCAAAGAUAUCCCAUCCAGUAAAGUUAUUGAUGGUUUCCUCUCUGGUUCACAAGAUGGUUCCCUUGCCAAUCAUCAGAAUUCUAGUAUUACCCUCUGGUCCAGAUGUAGAAUUUCCUGUAGAGCCUUAAAUGUUUUAAUCCAUGAUGCCAUGGGAAAAAUUUCCAUCUCGAUGAAUGAAUCAACCACAGACGGGGAUAAAAAGGUAGCCUCGUUUCUCCACCGUCACAUGAAAUUAAAACAUGCCAGUAUAUUGAAGUCGCUCAAAGACCAAGGCAAAGUGGCCAGAUGUCUUGAAUCAUGCCGUUUAAUUAGUACCAAUAAUUGGUCAUUUGACGGUACUGGUCUUCGGUUUUGUGACUGGAGAUUUAUCCAUCGAGCGAGGACAAACACCUUACCAACAAAUGAUGUCAAGAGCCGCUGGUCGGACGCUAGUCCUGUCUGCAGAAGAUGUCACAGCCUAAACGUUAAUGAAACACUUCCACACAUAAUAUGUCAUUGUAAACCGAACAUGACGGCUAUUACUGCCAGACAUAAUCGUAUAUUAAAUCGGCUUACUAAUGCUAUACACCUUGGUGAAGUAACAAUUGAUCAAGUCGUUCCAGGUGCUCCAGGUUUAAAUCGCCCUGACAUUGUUGUUAGAUCGGGUAACAAAGUUAUAAUAAUCGAUGUUACGUGCCCGUUCAAGAAUGAUGAUUCCUCCCUAGAAAUGGCAGCCCAACGAAAGGUGAAUAAAUAUGACUAUCUGAUUGAUCACUUCCAACAACACAAUCAAGAUGCCAAAGUGUUUGGGUUCGUAGUAGGUUCUCUUGGUGCCUGGUUUAAUGGAAAUGAGAACGUUUUAAAUGAACUUCAAAUUAACAGUCGUUAUAGAACUCUAUUUAGGAAACUUUGUUGUGCUGACGCAAUUCGUGUGUCAAGAAACAUUUAUGUGCAACACCUCACUGGUGUUCCACAGUGA